CAGCAACAAUUAAAACGAUCACGACGAUGACGACGCCUGGAGAGGAUCAGCAAACGUCAAUUGCAGAAUUGCAGAAGGCGAAAAAGGAGCAAAAUAUUUAUCAAAAUUUUGCCACACCUUUAGCUGGCACAUUUCUCAACCUGCCACACGAGGCGGUGGUAUUGAAAUGCCCCUCCUGUGGCAACAACUCAGAGAGCGUAGUACAAAACGAUCUCAAGUGGUGGGCAACGGAAAUCAAUCGCAUUGUGGGCUGUCUCUUUGUCUCGUUUUGCUGCUGCUGCUGCUUCAACUAUAUUAUACCCUGUAAGCAAACUGAUCGCAGUCACUAUUGUGGCAACUGCGGCUGCUACUUUGGACGUGCCAUGAAGCGACGUGCACCACUCAAGAUCAAGUAAAUGGAUCCCAGCAUUAUAAUUGUUUAUUUCUCUCUCUCACAAGAUUUUUCGAAUAUUUCACACGCUGAAAAUAAACAAAUUGAAUGCAAAAAAAA